AUGGACAUUCUAUCUACAAAGAUUUUCUGUGCAAGUAGAAUAACUGCAAGAAUAAAGGAAGCCAUCAAAUUGCCUGAUGAUGAUGGGCGGCUGAUUGGGCUAGAAUAUAUAGUAUCAGAGGAACUUUUCUUGACACUGCCGGAUGAUGAGAAGAAAUUCUGGCACUCCCACGAAUUUGAGGUGAAGAGUGGGGUUCUGUUCAUUCCCGGAGUUCCCGGCCCAGUCCAGCGCCAGGAAUUAGAGAAGGUUGCCAAGACUUAUGGCAAAGUGAUUCACUUCUGGCAAGUUGAUAAAGGUGACAAACUUCCCCUUGGAAUUCCACAAGUUAUGAUGGCUCUCACUAGGGAUGGCCAGCUCUAUGAGAAUCUUGUCCAAGAUGUUGAAAACCGUUAUAAUAUUUCCUUUGAGAAGGAGAAGGACAAUCGAGCAUACAUUAAGGGCCCUUCCCAUGGAAUACAUCCAAUGGCGAAUGCAGGUGGCAAAGGGCUGCAAACAGUGUUGAGGGAAGUGGACUGCUGCAAGGAAGGGAAGUCUACUCGAGUCUUUGUGUGA